GCGCGUGCAUUGUCGCUGUGAGAGGGUGUUCCCCGAAACAGAGGAACGUGGCGCGAGGAGGACAAACACAGAAACACACACACACACACACACACACACACACACAUACGCACACACAGAGAGAGAGAGAGAACCAACACACACACACACACACACACACACACACACACACACACACAGAGAGAGAGAGAGAGAGAGAGAGAGACACACACACACACAUUUGAUUAAUGGCGGUCAAGUUAACCGGUGAUUGAUGGCGGUAAUGUUACCCUGUGAAGAAGAUGUGCAGGGGGGAACCGGCUUCGUUCCAUCUCGUGUUUUUCCGUCUCACACCUGGUUCCUUCUCUCUUGCGUUUUUUAUUUUGUUUUUGCUUUUUUUCCCGUCCCUUCCCCCGUUUCCCCACCAAUCCUUCCGUCUGGCGGUCUCCUCGCCGACUGAUUUCUGGGUCCCAACCUGCCCUCGGAAUUUGUUUGGGGUCGGAGUAGGAAGGACGAGUGAGGGGCGGACACCCCCCCCCUCCUCUUCCUUUCACUGGAGAGAGCUGGAGAAACGAGGUGUUCUCCAUCUCCCCCCAUAGGGCGGGAAGAGCCGGGGGGACUGUGGUUUCUUUCUUCUUAUUCCCUUUUGUCUCCUCCUCAGCUCCUGCUGCUGCCAUGAGAGGGAUGAUGCUCCUCGGAGAGCGCCGCGCUGUGGGCGCUGUGUUGGCGGCGGCUGGCCGAAUUCGUCAUCAGUAUGGAUCGACGGGGGCUAUGUGGAACCGCGCCUGUGGGCUGGCUGUGAGCGCGGCAGAAGAUAAUGGCGCGGUUGUUGAAAGGGAGAGAGAAAGGGAGGAGGGAGGAGGGGAAGGGGGAGGGGGAGGGGGAGGGGGAGGGGCAGGAGAAGGGGAAGCCAGUGUGAGUGCCCAUGCGCACGGCUUGGAGCUCAGCGAUGUCGCGACAGGUAAUGAUGUACGACGUGGCAGCCUCGCCGGGGGUAAUGGCAGGAUCCAGAUCCCGGUCGUCGACGCCAUAUUGGGAGAUGGGCUGUCGGCGGGGAAGGGAGGGGGGGAAUUAUUUACCGAAUCGUUGUUGGGGGGAAUUGGCAGCAGUCUGGGGGAUGAUGGUGCACAGCAGUUGGCGGGAAGAGGGCGGGCAUGGAUUCGAGCGGCGGGCCGCGGGAGCGGUGAUGGUGGGGGUAAUGGUAAUGGGAGUGUGACGUUCGGGGCGGCGGGAAGACUUGGAGGAACAGGAAGAGGAAACGGCGCUGGGAGAGGGAGACGGUCAGGGGGGGAGGGUUCCGGAGGGCAGAAGCAACUGGGUCUGUCAAGCGUAGGACGAGGAGAAGGAGAAAGCGCGGGAAUUGCCGAGACAAGUAGUGAUUUACACAAGGAAAAGAUGGCGGGAACGACCGCCGCCGCCGCCCGAGGCGCGCAAAAAUUGGCGGGAACCAAAGUCAACCUCCGUCCUCUCCCAGCUUCAUCUCCUCCUCUUCCGGAUCUCCCGGAUCUCCCGGAUCUCCACGUGGUCGAUUAUUCCCCUUCUGUGCCGCCACGUGAGAAGGUCGCCCCCGGCGAUACCCUUGCCCAGCUCCUUCGUCGACCGGCAUAUUCGCUUGGCGGCGGCUCGAAGAUGAAUAUGGAGCAAGCGCUCCGUACAGACACGGCGGGAAGAGGAGGAGGAGGAGGUAGGGAUACGCUAGGGGACCGUAAUGGCUUGCACCGUACGGAAACGGCGGGAAGAGGAGGAGGAGGAGGUAGGGAUACUCUAGGGGACCGUAGUGGCGGUACCUUGAGACGUAUUCCCGGCCAGGGGACGGUGAUGGGAGGGUCGGCUUUUGGCGGGAACAGAUCGAGGGUCGGUAGGGGGGUGGGGGAGGCGGUUCCCGGCGGCGGGAGGAGUUUCCCUGGUGCUCCACCUCCCUCUCGCAAUUCGUCUCCUGGUUCCCAAAUUGGCGCCGGGCGUCGGGAUGGUUCGCCGGCGUCCUUACGUUCCCCUGGCAGCGGGGGAGUAGGCAGGGGAGGAAUCGAGGUAGCGGGAGAAAUGGACCAAAGCGGGAAAGGCAGCAGCAGAGGAGGAGGAGGAGGAGGAGGGGCUGGAGGGGGUGGGGGAAGUAGAUUUGAUCGACGAGCCGUCUCACCGGAUUUCAAGCGCCGAGAAACAAGUGUAAGGAUGAAAGGAGGUGGAGCGGGGGCGGGAGGCAUGAUGGAGGGGUUUGUUUUGCCGGAAGUCCCCGGCGGGGUGUCAAAUGGGAGUGAGCAGAGGAGUAGGCGGAGAGGGGAGAGGAUGCGGGAGCUCAACAUGGUUACUGACCUGCCAUUGAGGAGAGGUGGGGGACAGGGUCGAUCAACGGGCGCCAGGAGCGCGGACAGGGGAGGGAGGACGCUUGACCAGAGGCAAAGGGAGUUGAGGGAGAGGGCGGGUACAAGAGGAGGAGAAAGGAGAGGGGAUCGUCUGCAAAGGACUGACACGUGGCAAGUGCAGGAGCAGCGCAUGACUCCGGAGGAGAGGAGAAACUAUGAAGCCUGGGAGAAAGAACUUAUGAUGGUUGAGAAACAGGAGGAGCUCUUCUUGGAGGAAGAGGGGGAAGACGAAGAGGAGCAGGAAGAGGGGGAAGACGAGGAAGAGGAGGAAGAGGAAGAGGAGGAAGAGGAAGAGGAGGAGGAGGAGGAGGAAGAGGAGGAAGAGGAGGAAGAGGAGGAGGAGGAGGAGGAGAGGAGGGAGAAGUGGAGGGCUGACGAGUUGGAGAAAAUUGUGGAGAAAUAUGCUGGUCCAGCGCGGAUGACAGCAAAGGAGGAGAAUGAAGUGCUUAGCAAGGUCGUCGAUGCUAUGCCAUCUGACUCGAGUCCGGAGCUUCUAGCGUUUGUCAAACGAGCAGAAUUGACCCUGAAGAAUAAUCCCCAAUGGGCACUGGCGCAGAAGCAACAUUUGCUCUCGUCGAUUGUUGACGACUUCAGAGCCCGAGAAGACACAGUGGAAACUCUGUCGUAGUUCAUCGUGUUUGGGUAGGUUAUCGAAUGAGUGCUCGGCAAUGCGGGUAAGUAGUGUAGAUGGGUCUCGGAAAUGAGACUGACGGUUCAAGAAAGGCUGAAAAAAAAAGUCUUAAGAAACCAUUCACUUCAAAAGUCGAUUUUUUGAUCAACGUGUGUUCCAUCCGUCCAUGGCGUAUGGAUGCACCUGUUACGACCAUGCUACUUCCCUGAGCUUGCAUCUCAUGUGUGUGCUUUGGCAGUCGCAAGUCAACGACUGAUAUUGCAAGCCUGCAAAAGCAGAGGUUUUGUCACAGGCCUGUCGUCUAUGAUUGUUAUGCUGUCAUCCAUGGCUCUCAUGGCACACUUGGCUUGGAGUUCAUGGCUGAUGCGCCAAAGGCCUGCUCGUCUUCAGGGCUCUGAGGUGGCCAGCCCUGCUAUGAUGUAUAUAUGACCUCACAGGUCUGCAAAUGUUUUGUGUUCAGUCGUCUGUAUCACUUCAGACUUUGAUAGCCAAUCAUAUUUUUUGCUAUUCUCUAUUGUCUAUGUGCUAUUCGCUUCGGCUAUGGAUAUCAACUACAAUUGCACGCUCAUCUGUAUAUGCCAUGCUAAACCUGCUGUGGGUGUUUGCUCAGGGAACAGACGACUGUGCUUUGGUGAUGCCUGAUGUCCCAAAUGAAGCCUUGGGAAGAAG